AUGUACGAGGAGAACGCUGUUAGGAGCCACUCCAACGCUGUAUUCAACGAAAUAAGGAACACGCCGCUGGAAUCACUCAACACGCAGACCUUUAGGAGCAGCAUCGCCGCCGCCAUACGCCUGAGUUCGGAAGGCGCAGCGGACGACGACGCCAGUGGAAAUCAGAGGUUGCAGGAGGCGUUGCGCAUCGCAGGCAUAUACAAAGUCCACUUCCUGCCGCCGUGCAGCGAUCUGCACCAUGCAGGCCAGGCGACGGUGUACACGUUCGACGGAUUCCCAGGUAUCGCGACGCGCAGCACGACUCGAUGCAUCACAGGGUUGUAUCUGGUGAGAAACUACCUCACGGAAGCGCAGUGCGAAAGGCUCAUGUGCCGGACGCUCACCGAGUACAUCAACGUGAGCUGCGACUGCCACAGCAUAACCCACGCUCAGCCGCCUAACAACAGCAACAUCUACCAGAACGACAGGGCUCUCUGCACACCGAUAUGGCCGUCCGCCAACUUCAAAAAGCUCAGAUGGGCGACCAUCGGGCACAUGUACGACUGGGGCACGAGGAGUUACCGCGGUUACAGCGCAUUCCCCGAGCCGCUGGUCAAGAUAACGCAGUCGCUCUUAUCGCAUUUCAACCGCGAAUACGUGCCCGACGCGGCAAUCAUCAACUGCUACACGAAGGGCUACUUCCUGCGCCUCCACAAGGAUGACGCGGAGGAGACUGACGACACCGUGGUCAACAUCAGCCUCGGAGCACCGGCCAUAUUCACCAUCGGCGGCCGCGACUACAGAAACAGCACCAUACCCGUGGCCAUGGUGGUCGAUUCGGGCUCGGUUGUGCUCAUGGCGGAAGACUCCAGGUUCUGCCUGCACGGCGUAGUCAAGUUGCUGGGGUACAACAAGCCCGGCCGUCACGAUUGCGACGCCGGCGGCACCAGUGAUGUGGGUGACUCCGCGUACGCGGCGCCCCGCCUGAGCAUGGUCAUCCCGCGGUGCGGUGACGACGCGACCGCAUCGCUGGAAUGCGACCCGGAGUCCCUCGAUAGCGUGAAAAGGCUCUUCGCCGAUCAUCGAGUGUCCAUCAGCAUCAGGCGCGCCAAACGCUGA